GGAGAUAGUGUGUAUCCCACUCCCACUGAAGAAAAUGGAAAAAUAAAUAUUGAAGGAAUCUAUAUCAUCAUCAGCUGCAAUUCCACCCAUAAAUAAGAAACCUCUACAAUCAAGCUUCUAAGUUCUUUUAACACAAUACAUUAUUACCAGAUCUAUCAUAAAAAACUACGUUCUCGGAUUUAUAUGUAUAUGAUCUGCAUUUAUUUAUUUCUCAUUCUAUUUCUGCUUCUCCAUCUUGGCUGACAGCAAACAUGCUCUGUAGUCGGAUCUAAAUGAAGACGUCCGUUCUUCCGGGCCCGCAUUUUCAGGAAUCGCCUUCCACCUUGAUCCACUAUACGUGUGUUCACCAGGAUUUCAUGUUUGACGGUUUUACGGGUUGUGAUGUUACAGAAGGAAAGGGAGAGGGGGAGAGAAAACAACCUUUACGCAGGCCCGAUGUGAGUUCAGAUAGCAAAUGCGGUAUUGUCACGGCCUGCACGGUGCUUUGGAUUCCGCAGUGCUACGGUGCUGGGGAGGGGGAGAGAGAGGAGAAACAUGACAAGAGGUAGAGUAAUUGGGAAUGGGUGGAUGCAUGCUGUGAGUAAAACGCGGAUUUGAUGCGCACUAUAUUUCGCAAAUGUUUGCCUACUGUAUAUCGUGUGUUUGGACUGUGCGGCAAGCUAUUGCUCACUAGACACCUAUGCUACGCUACGUGUGCUACUUUGCGUUAUGUGGUCCUCAAGCAAGCUGCAAAUAAGCUACCGUUUGCUACUGAGGUUGGCGGAUUGGAAUUGUGGAUCAUGCGAAAGGGAAGAGGAUGCGUUGAAAGUCCGUGGUUCUAUUAUUCAGUAAACAAUACUAGCCUGAAGAUGCUCUAAAGGCCGCUGAAACUUUGGAUUGGACAUCACUGCGCUGGACACCAGCUGACCGCGCGGAGUUUUCGUGAGCUGUCACUAAUCGCGCUAUUCCUUCUUUGAUUAGAAGUAGAAAGUAGAAACCCAUUCCCUCCAUUUUAGGAAAAUAUACAUUCUUCCUCAACAACAUCCCUCUCUUACCGGCCGCCAUCCCUUCUAUGCAUCGCUGUCAUCCCGGUACUUUCCUACGAUCCGCUCCUUUGUGCAAUUGAACUUCCUUGACUUUACCUCCCCCCGUACAACGCCUCACCAUGCCCUCUCCGUCAGAUACAAGCAGCGUGGCAUCUAUGUCUGGGUCCCGGGGCUUGUCGGGGGGUCACAGGGGCAUGUCCAGGAGGGGUGGGGCGCGUCUCCUACUGUACCUGGGGCUGUGUCACCUGGGGCUGGGGGCCAUGGUCCUGGCGUUCAGCUUCACCAGCCUGGCCUUCACCUCGUCUCCCCGCAUCCGCCAGUCCUGUCCUUUCUGGGCCGGCUUCUUCGUGGUGGCUUCAGGCGUGGUGGGGGUGAUCUCUUGGAGAAGACCGCUGACUCUGGUGGUGUCGCUGUUCAUGCUGCUGUCGGCUGUGUGUGUCAUCCUCAGCCUGGCUGGGUCCAUGCUCUCCUGCCAGAACGCUCAGCUGGUCAAGUCGCUGCAGGCUUGUCAGGUGGAGGAUGGGGUCUGCUGGUGCUGCAACACUGGACACAGCUGCUCUCUGUCAGAAGACACUCUGGUGCUCUACCCACAUGCAGACUGCCACUCUGUGCGCCACCAACUCAAGGACCUGCUGUUCAGUGCCUGUGGCCUCAGCAUUCUCUCCACCAUUGUCUGCACCCUGUCUACUGUGACCUGCAGUAUUCACAUCUUCUCCCUGGACCUGCUGCACAUGCUCGCCCCUCAUCGCUCUCGUUCAGUCAACCCAGAAUGCACCACUCCUCAGGACGCCUUCCUCACCAACAUCCUGGACUUUGAGGAGUUCGUGCCCCCCAUCCCGCCCCCGCCGUACUACCCUCCAGAGUACACCUGCAGCUCAGAAACCGAUGCUCAGAGUAUCACCUAUAAUGGUUCUAUGGAAAGUCCAGUGCCUCUCUACCCCACUGACUGUCCUCCACCGUAUGAGGCUGUCAUGGGACAGAGGGUAUCCAGCCAGGCAACGGUGUACGAUGCCCAGGGAACAGAGUUGUCCUGUGAGAGGGGGACAUCGACUGCAUUCAGCGGGGAGGCUUCGAUGGACAGCGGCUCCCUGCUGAUGUCGGAGAUCGUGGACAUCCCCGACGACAGCUCUCCCUCGGAGGACUCGUGCCUGAUGGAGGUGGGGGUGGGCGUCAGGGUGCGGAGCAGCGUGGGUGAGGGGGGCGAAUACGUCAGCUUCCGCUGCCCCUCCCAGAGCCGGCCCCCCUCCGACUCGCCCUCCUUCUGCCCCCCGCCCCACCGCUGCUUCAGAGGGGAGCGCUCCAACUCCUGCUCCUCCCCCAGCUCCACCUCUCACAGGUCUCCAGUGUUGCGUCACCAGGCCAUAUUGGCCAGCAGCUGUUCCCAGCUGGACAUGCUGGGGGGUGCCGGAUCCCAGCGCUCCUCUGUCCCGGAGAUCCGUGUGCGUCCCUGCACCCCGUCCCGCCGUGGCUCCGACACCCCGGCCCCUCCCUGCGCCUCCUCCCUGGUAUCCAAUCAGGGCAGCGGGCCUCCGGUCCUCCUCCUGCCCCCCUACCCCCGCCGGCGCAGUGGAGGGCGGGAUCGCUGUGACAGCGACUCGCUGCUCCCGCUGGUGAGGUCACACAGCGAGCCGGGCCUCAGCUCGUCCACAGACACGGGAGACUUCAGCGGCUCUCCUGGCUGUAAAGGAGUGAGUGAGGAGGGCUCUCAGACCUCCUCUGAAACUGGUCCAUCCUCAGAGGCCUGUCUGCUGCCUCGUUCAGCUCUGAUGCCCUCUAGUGACCUGCCCAGGAAGGGCAGCAUGAAGGCAGAGAUCGGACUCCUGCCCUCUAAGCCUCCCCCCGUCUCCCCCCUCCGCCUCCCCAAGGACUGUGCUCGCUCUCUCGGAGACCUCAAGGUAACCAGGGUUUUGGUGGCGCGGUUCCUCCAGCGCUCCAAGCGUAACCUCGCCCCCGCUUCGGAUCACGCCGGGGGCGGAAUACAGGGACCAAAGAGGAGGGGCGGGACGGAGAGUGGCGGGACAGGUCACCGCCCCUUUGAGCAGGUCCUGCGCAACUCGUGGGGGGCCAGCAGGGGGCAGCAGUACCAGCAGCACUCCCACCACCGCAGCCACCACUCCCAGAGUGAGAGCCACAGCCGUCGCCGUGACAACCCCGUGGCGCUGGAGGGCAUCCACCUGCGCAGCUGCGGGGACCUGAGCUCCACGUCUGCGGCCUCGCUGCGCAGACUGCUGUCCCGGCCCCACGGAUCCUCAGGAACCCUGUACACAGAGUCUGCGCUGUGA